CUCCUGCUAUAGCAACCAAUGAAGAUAGAUCUAAAUCGACUAAAGUAAAAAUAUUAUUUGACAGUGGGAGUCAACUCUCCUAUAUUACUGAUAGUUUGAAGUCAACACUGAACAUAAAAGCCAAGAAGACUGAAACACUUCACCUCAACACCUUGGGUGAAAGAAGUUAUCGAAAGCAGAAAUGUGAAGUAUUGCCAUUGUCACUUCGAAGCAACAAAAACGAAGAUGUUAUGAUUUCUUCCCUAAGUUUUCCAUUCAUUUGCUCUCCUUUAUCUAUGAAGAUCGAAGUGGAUCAGUAUCCCCAUUUACAAGGGUUACAACUAGCGGACAAUUCUGAUUCUAACGAUUCUAUUGAUGUCCUUAUUGGCUCUGACCAUUAUUGGGACCUUAUUGAAGGUGAUACAGUUCGAGGAGAAUUUGGCCAUGUAGCAAUUGAUAGGAAGUUUGGCUGGCUUAUAUCUGGACCAACCAACAAUGGGUUGUGCAAUGAAAUAUGCACAACAAAUCUGGCAGUAUUGGGUAGUGACAACCAUUCUGCAACAACACAAGAUCCACUAGUUGAUGUGUUGAAAACAUUUUGGGAGAAAGAAUCGAUUGGGAUCAAAGGUGAUCCAGAGCCUAAAGAAUUCAUUGAGUCGUUCAACAAGAGUGUACAUUUCGACAGAACAUGAUAUGAAGUUGAAUUACCAUGGAAACAAUAUUGCCGUUCCAUACCAAGUGAUUACCAGCUGUGUGAAAAACGUCUCAGAUCUCUACAUCGCAAGAUGUUGCAUUAACCAGAGUUAUUACAGAACAGCAGAUACAAGAUGGAAUUGUGGAAAAGGUUCCAGACAAAGAAAUUGAAAACACUGGUAAUGAAUUUGUUCAUUAUUUGCCUCAUCAUGGAGUGGUAUGAAGAGAUCACGGAACGACAAAGCUUAGAAUCGUUUAUGAUGGGUCAGAUAAGCCACCAGACCGCGAGUACUCAUUGAACGAUUGUCUAGAGACAAGCCCUAACUUUAUACCUCAGUUGUUUGACACACUCGUGAAGUUUAGAUGGCAUAGAAUUGGCAUAACUGCAGAUAUAGAGAAAGCUUUCCUUAUAGUGGCAAUUAACAACAUGAAUAAGGAUAUGUUACAUUUCCUAUGGCUAAAGGACCCAAAUGAUCCGAAUUCAGAACUUGUACAAUUUUGAUUUACCCACCUAGUAUUUGGCCUUCGACCUUCACCCGCUAUUUUAAGCUCAACCAUCCGACACUACUUGGAAACACAGAAAGAUUUCGACCCUCAACUGAUCGAACUGCUAAAGAAAUCCCUCUAUGUUGAGGAUUUUGUGUCAGGUGCAGACAACAAGAAAGAAGCAUCUGAAGUAACAUCUAAUGCAAAGUUGAUCAUGCAAAAGGGAUCAUUUAAUCUACGAAAGUGGAACACUAACUCAAGUAACCUUAACAAAACGUUUUCAGAAGUUCACCAAAUCCAACUAAUGUGAAACGUGUUAAAGAAGAAGACAAGUCUUAUGCAAAGACUCUGACUGGAACAACAAUUGAAGCGAACAGCAACACGGUCAAGGUGCUAGGCUCCAUUUGGAACACAAAGUCAGAUACCCUAGAAUUCAAUUUUUCCAAUCUUGUCAAUGAAGCAAAAUCACUUCCUCCUUCCUCGGCGUUUCAUCAGCAGAAUAGAGAUGCCAAGAAAAAUACUGACAACGCGAAAACUUUCAAAGCAGCUGCAAAGGAAGUAGCUAAGAUCUACCAUUCCAACAAUGUAAAGUGUUAUCUCACAGACAAAGGUGUUACGUGGAAAUUCAUAAUGGAAAAGGCUCCAUGGCAUGGCAGCUUUUGGGAACAGUUAAUCAAAAGCACCAAACGCUGCUUAAAAAAACAGAUUGGAUGAACCUUGUUGACAUUCGAAGAACUGCGAAAUAUUCUUGUAGAAAUUGAAGCAACUUUAAUUAAACAAUCCCCUUACACCAGUGAGUUUGAUUUAUGGAUGUCAAAUCGCAACGACUCCUAACAAAAGUGAUUACAAGAUUGUAAGUACGAACAAAUCAUUGACGUAGCGAAGUUCAAGAUACGAGCAAAGUUCAAGACACAAGCGAACUACAAGAUUCUAGCGAAGUUCAAGACACAGGCGAAGUUCAAGGCACAAGCGAAGUACAAGAUUCGAGCUAAGUUCAAGACACAGGCGAAGUUCAAGACACAAGCAAAGUACAAGAUUCGAGCGAAGUUCAAGACACAGGCAAAGUUCAGAGACAAUAUGACACUCGACCAAGACGUAUAGCAGCUGUUAAUGGAGAACUAAUUAGAAGGAAGUAUCGAUGGAGAUAAGUACUUAUUAGUGUAGUCUAAAGUAUAUUUAGUUAAAGUUCAUAUUUGUUAUGUUUGCUCACCGACGGUGAUCAACCGGGGGACUGUAAAGAAGUCUAGUUUGUAAUAGUAUGCAAGCUACCUUAAGUAGGGUCCAGGCCAAACCAAGAGAACACAUGUUUACGAAGAACUUUAGUUUAUAUUUUAGGUUUUAGGUUUUGUUUGUUAAUGUUUGAUAUUAAAAUACGAUAAAUAUAACACCUUCCCAGCCGACCACGUGCAAAAAACAAGAUAUUGGUUUUUCUGUAUCAGUGAU